GUCUCCUACCGCGGCCCGGGAACUGGGUGGGGAAGGGAGCGCGCCGCAGCCCACCCAAUGCCCGAGCGGGGCGGAGCAGCCCAACUCGGCCGAAGCCCCGCUGGGUUGGUGGAGAGCGCCGCGAUGCACAAGGCAGAGGCCCGGCCACGUCAGCACGACCACCCGGGGGCCGCUGCCAGGGGAGCCGCGGCAGCAAGCGACGGCGGUCGCCUUCGACCCAACCUGGCGCCCCCUCGACCCACCGAAUGCCCUGCGGGGCUGAUGCUGGAACCAUCCCUCUACACAGUCAAAGCGAUUUUCAUCUUGGACAGCUUUGGGCAAAGACUUCAGGCCAAGUACUACGAUGACACCUUUCCAUCUACAAAAGAACAGAAGAUCUUUGAGAAAAAUGUCUUCAACAAAACUCACAAGACUGACAGUGAGAUCGCUUUUUUGGAAGGCCUAACUAUUGUCUAUAAAAGCAGCAUUGACCUCUUUUUGUACGUAGUGGGGAGCUCCAAUGAAAAUGAGCUGAUGCUGAUGUUGGUUCUGAACUGUCUCUUUGAAUCCCUCAAUCACAUGCUACGAAAAAACGUGGAGAAACGGACCCUGGUGGAGAACAUGGAUGGGGCAUUCCUCGUGGUCGAUGAGAUCAUCGACGGAGGUGUGAUUCUCGAAAGUGACCCCCAACAAGUCGUGCAGAACGUGAAUUUCAGGGUUGAUGACAGCCCUUUAUCAGAGCAUAGUGUCGCUCAGGUUCUGCAGUCAGCCAAAGAACAGAUUAAGUGGUCCUUAUUAAAAUAAACACCCAGACCAAAA